CAAUUGCUUUCAUAUACUCCACAAAAGUUAGCUCUCACUUAUAUAGCUCGGAGAAUUCGCAAUGGCCCGCCUGCAUUGUUGAAGCUGGCUUGUCUGCUGCUCGCAUACAUGGCGGUGGCGGUGGCUCCGGUGGCUCGAGCCGCAGUUACAUGCAGCCAGGCCCCGUGCAUUCCCUACAUGAGGAGCGACAUGGGACCCAUGCCGGCGUCUUGCUGCAACGGGUUCAAGUCGCUCGACUCGGCAGCUCAGACCAUGCCGGACUGCCAAGCCACUUGCGAGUGCUUGAAACCGGUCUCGGGAAGCAUCUCCGACCUUAACUACGGAGUCGUCGCUGGGCUUCCCGAGAAGUGUGGGGUCAGCAUCCCGUACAAAAUCAGCCCCGGCACGAACUGCAGCAAGUCCCUCAGUUUCUUUUGGACUCGAUGUGGGCUUAAGGGUGAGGCGUGUAAGAUUGUUUGUACCCAACCCCAGCGAAUCUCUGCAACAUCAGUUGCUGAGAGAACAUCUUCUGAAAGAGGAGAAAAUGUUGGUGAUGAUAUCAGAAACAAGGCAGUCAGUAUGACUUGAAGAUAUGCAUACUCGGAAGAGAAUGAAGACAGUGAGGAGGGCAUCUCUUUGACAAGUGGUAGCAACGCGAUAGGUGAUAGUGUGGCCAAACUCGGAGAAGACCUUGAGGAGGAGAAGCGCGAAUAGAUGGCACUCUAUCUGCAGUGAUGUCAUAAUUCUCUGUACAUUUUUUUGCACAAUCCUUGCUGUGCCUACUACAGACUCACGACCGACAUGUUCAUAAAGUUUGCAGACACAGAAGAGAGUAAUACUACCGACGUACUGUGGAUUUACAGUGUGAGGACACCUCUCUCUAGUUACGAUUUUUCUUCCUUCUGUGAUUAUUCAAUAGAGAACUCAAACUAGGAAAUGGAACUGAUAAAUGAGAAGAUGUCUUACA